AUGCAAGCUGAUGAAAACGAAGGGUUUUAUUUGAUUGAAGAGCUUGAUAUUCCCUUUGAAGAAGAAAUUCUACGUAACCCUUACACAUUAAAAUCAUGGCUUCGAUAUAUUGAUCAUAAAGCUGAACAACCACUACAACAACAAAUUUUUGUAUAUGAGCGUGCUCUCAAAGAAUUACCUGGUUCUUAUAAAUUAUGGAAGAAAUACUUGGACCUUCGUAGAGAACACGUUCAAGAGUUAAAUCCCGUUAGAUUUGAAAAAGAAUAUUUGAAAGUCAAUAAUUGUUUUGAGAGGGCAUUAAUGCCUCGAAUUUGGUUAGACUAUUGUAGCUUUUUAAUGAAUCAGUGUAGAAUUACCAAAACACGUAGAACCUUUGAUCGAGCAUUAAAGGCAUUACCGAUCACACAACAUCCAAGAAUUUGGGAGUUAUAUUUAAAUUUUGCUAAAUCAAUUGGAGGUGAAACGGCGAUUCGAUUGUAUCGAAGGUAUCUUAAGUUUAUAAAUUAUGGUGGGUUCGACGAUAUGAACGUUACGGACAUAGUUUUGCCAAUUAUUCAUCGAAUUAUGGCAAAAACUUUCAAAACUGACUAUCGGUUUGUGGCGAUAUUGGAACCAGACCGUGUCGAAGAAUAUAUCGAUUUGUUAUUAUCACUUAAUCGAUACGAUGAAGCUGCCAAACGACUUGCUCAGGUUGUUAAUAACGAUCGGUUCCAAUCAAUGUCCGGCAAAUCCAACUAUCAAUUAUGGAUGGAACUUUGCGAUUUGGUUUGUGAAAAUCCACAUGAAAUCAAAAGCUUAAAAGUCGAGUCUAUUAUACGAAGUGGAAUUCGUAGGUUUACAGAUCAGGUUGGAAGAUUGUGGAAUUCUUUGGCGAAUUAUUGGAUCAAAUUAGGGUACUUUGAAAAGGCAAGGGACGUAUUUGAAGAAGGUAUUAAUACUGUAAUGACUGUAAGAGAUUUUACGCAAAUCUUUGAUACUUAUGCAAAAGCUGAAGAGACUGUCAUUGAAAAAAAGAUGGAGGAAACAGCAAAGAGGGCAGAAAAUGGAAUAGAUGAUCCGCAAUCAGAUUUAGAGUUAGAUUUAAGGCUGAUGCGAUUCGAGCAAUUGAUGGAUCGUAGACCUUUUCUGGUUAAUGACGUCUUGUUGAGACAAAAUCCAAAUAACGUUCAUGAAUGGGAAAAAAGAGUGGCGUUGUGGAAAGACAAUCAUACUAAGGUUGUUGAAACAUAUACAAAGGCAAUGAGAACCAUUGACCCAAAGAAAGCCACGGGAAAAUUCCAUGGGUUAUGGGUAAACUUUGCUAAAUUUUACGAGCAAGGUGGUGACAUCGAGAAUGCUCGAACGAUCUUUGAGAAGGCUAUACAUGUUGAUUUUAAGAAUGUUAACGACUUGGCUGCAUUAUGGUGCGAAUAUGCUGAGAUGGAACUACGAUUUGAAAAUUACGAUAAAGCCAUAGAUGUUAUGGGCCGUGCUACUGUUCCCCCUCGUAAUCCAAAUGUAGAUUUUCGUGAUGAGAGUUUACCUGUCCAGCUACGCGUUUUUAAAUCAAUAAAAUUAUGGUCAUUCUAUGUUGAUCUUGAAGAAAGUAUCGGCACGGUAGAGUCUACUAGAGCGGUAUACGACAGAAUAUUGGAAUUGAAAAUCGCUAAUCCUCAAAUAAUAAUUAACUAUGCGAGUUUUUUAGAGGAAAAUCAAUAUUUCGAAGAGAGUUUUAAGGUCUAUGAGCGUGGAGUAGAAUUAUUCAAUUAUCCCAUUGCAUUCGAGAUUUGGAAUGUAUACUUAACAAAGUUUAUUAACCGAUAUGGAGGUUCCAAGCUAGAACGCGCUAGAGAUCUGUUUGAACAAGCACUUGAAAAAUGUCCUCCUAAAUACGCUAAACCAUUAUAUCUUAUGUAUGGUAAAUUAGAAGAGGAUUAUGGCUUAGCACGACACGCGAUGCGUAUUUAUGAUCGUGCAACUAGAUCAGUAUCUGAUGAGGAUCGAUCUGAGAUGUUUAACUUUUAUAUCGCCAAAGCUAGUGCCAAUUUUGGUGUAACAUAUACUCGUGAAAUUUACGAGAGAGCAAUUGAAGUUUUACCUGACAAAGAAGCCAAAGAUAUGUGUUUGAAGUAUGCUGAAUUAGAACGUAAAUUGGGAGAAAUUGAUAGAGCAAGAGCGUUAUAUGCCCAUGCAUCUCAAUUUUGCGAUCCAAGGACGGUACCAUCAUUCUGGCAAACGUGGCGUGAAUUUGAAGUUAAGCAUGGUAACGAAGAUACAUUUAAAGAAAUGCUUCGAAUCAAGCGAAGUGUAUUAGCUCAAUAUAACACCGAGGUUAAUUUCAUAUCUUCUCAAAUACUUGCUACUAGACAAG